GGAAAAAAUUAAAGUUAGGUUUGCCCAAAGGACCCAAGGUCAGUCAUUAUAGGCUUAGAAAGCAAAACGCCAGUUUCCAGCACUGCCCCUGACCUAUCACUUUCUCUCUCUUCCCCCUCUCUCUCUCUCCUUGGUUUGCAUUGCGCACAGAUCUUUGGUUGGCUCAACCAAAAAGCAAAUUCAAGAAGACAUAGAAUUAAAAAAAGAAACAAACCCAUUUCUCCAAAUCCCCAUUUGAACCCCAAAGGCAGAAGCUUUUAAUUUUUUUUCUUUCUUCUCUCUCUCUAACUCUCUCUUUCUCUCUCUUCAUGAAUGUGUUUGCCUUGGGUGUGGUGGGUUGUAAUGAGUGAACAAGUAAGUAAAAGGUGCUUAGCUUAGCCCCAUUGAUCAAUUCCUUCAUCAACCACCACCACACCCCACUUUCAUUUUGUGGGUUUUUUCUCUCUUUCUUAACUUUUCUUUGAUAUAUUUUUUAUUUUGUGUGGUGGUUAUGGAAAACGAAAAUGGGGGCGCAAGAUUUCUCUACAUUGAAGCUUUGAUCCAAAUUCUGCCAUGGAAAUGGGGCGGAAGCUGCCAUUAACAGUGGACUAAGGAACUAGAAACAAAACCCCCAUUUCCCUGUAUAUUAACUCUUCUUUCAAGAAUUCUUUUUUUUUUUUCCCUUUCUUCACUGUAACUUCCAAUCAACACACACAAUGAGAAAACAUGGAUGGCAGCUUCCUUACCAUCCACUCCAGGUGGUGGCUGUAGCUGUGUUUCUGGCAUUGGGGUUUGCUUUCUAUGUAUUCUUUGCGCCUUUUGUGGGAAGGCAAUUGUUCCAGUACAUAAUUAUUGGGAUUUACACUCCCCUUCUGAUAUGCGCGUUUGGACUAUACAUUUGGUGUGCUGGUGCCGAUCCUGCCGAUUCUGGAGUAUUUCGAUCGAAAAAAUACCGUAACAUUCAGGACAGCAAAAAACACUUAAAAUCGAGCGAGUGUAAACACGGUGGUGGAGAAUCAAUUUCGUCGUCAAUUCGAGAUGCCAAUUGUGCAGCAGCCACUCCAGAGGAAUCAAACGACAGAGGCAAAACGGAUAUCGAGUCAGCUGCCGAUUGCAAUACCGAACACGAAGACAAGAAUUCCUCGUCUCGUAAGCAUAACUGCUUCUUAACGGGCAUUCUUGUUUUACUGCCUUGUGCGCUACUUUGCAACUCGAACGAAGAUUCUUCUGAUCAGCAGAGCGAAGAUGGAAUGUUCUACUGUAGUUUGUGCGAAGUAGAGGUUUUCAAGUACAGCAAACAUUGUAGAGUUUGCGACAAGUGCGUCGACCGAUUCGAUCAUCAUUGCAGGUGGCUAAACAAUUGCAUAGGCAAAAGGAACUACCGGAAGUUCUUUACUCUAAUGGUGUCUUCCCUUCUCCUGCUUAUACUUCAAUGGUCGACCGGGAUACUUGUACUUAUCCUCUGUUUUCUCGAGAGGAAACGGUUUGCUACAGAUAUAAGCUCCAAGCUGGGAAGCAGUUUCACAAUGGUUCCGUUCGUAAUUGUGGUGGCAGUAUGCACGAUAUUAGCCAUGAUUGCGACCCUUCCGCUCGCUCAGCUCUUCUUCUUUCACAUCCUUCUAAUCAAGAAGGGAAUAAGCACGUACGACUACAUAAUCGCUCUAAGGGAGCAAGAGCAACAAGGCGUUGGAGGUCAACAAAGUCCUCAAAUGUCUCCUAUUAGCUCCGUCACCGGAUUAAGCAGUGCCAGCUCAUUCAACACUUUCCAUCGAGCCGCUUGGUGCACUCCGCCUCGUCUUUUUGUCGAAGAUCAGUACGAUGUAGUACCUCCGGACAACGUGUCAGUUAGUUCACUCGGGAAAAAGACAACAACGGAGGAACAACAGCAGACAAAGAAAAAGAAUCACACCGCAGCUGUGAAGAUCAGCCCAUGGACGCUCGCAAGAUUAAAUGCAGAGCAAGUUUCCAAAGCCGCAGCAGAGGCAAGAAAGAAGUCAAAGAUCAUACGGCCCGUUUCCAGGCCGGGCCCCACCUACGCCCCGGAAACCGACAGCAGCUUCGGCAGCAGCGGCCGCUGGACUGGCCCACGGCCCGAAAACAACAGAAAACGGGGUGGCGGCGGCGGCGGCGGUGGCAGCAGCAGGCGGAUCCGCCUCCCUGCGGAUAUGCCGGUGGGUACGUCGGGCGGGUUGGGCCCACUGCACCACGAGGCCCGGAGCGACUACAGGCCGGGCCGGGCUAUUCCGGGCCUGGGCGUGGGCCCGGAUGGGAUUAUUGUUGCUUCUUCGCCGGAGAGUAGCUUUGGUUCGCCGGAAGCGAACGCUUUCGGGUCGGGCGCUGACGUGGCGGGGGGGCUUGGUCUUCCUUUGUCGAGAUCGACGAGCGAUGGGUAUGACGCGUCUGGCGGAGAGGACAGCGAUCGUGUCCCGACGAGGAUUAUGAAUAGGUCGAGUAAUUGGAGUAGUCUUUUGUUUGGGUCUGAACCGGAUAGAAACGUGUCGAAAUAUAUGCCGCCGUCUUCUUCGUCUAACAACCAUAGGAAGGCAUGAAGGAGUGAAUAUGUGAUUUGCCUGCUGGAUUCUUUUGUGAGGGAAUCUUGAUUGAUUGAUUGAUUGAUUGUAGGAUGACCGUUGGAUCUUUUGUUCUUUAUCAUCAACUCUUUGUGAAUCUUCUAGAAUUUUUUUUCUGC